UAUAAUGAUAAUAAGAAGAAAAUUGACGUAGAUUAUUUAUAAAUAACGUUAAUAAUAUUUGCAGUAACAGUCUCCUUGUGACUUAUUGCCUAUAAGAAAAAAAACAACAAUAAGAUGCGUAAUAUAAUAUAUUAAUGUCAUUUGUGUAUAUGUACUACGUUUUGCAUUUAAAAUAUCAAUAGGUAAAUGAGUAUAAUAACAGUCUUUGUAAUGUUUAAACACAAACACAUAAAUACAAAUAAAAUAAACAAAAAAAAAAAGGUGAGAAACGAUAAUAAUUGACAAAAGCAAGUGAAGUGUGGAAACGCUAUCGCGAACUCGUGGACUCAUGCGUGACCACGCGAUCAUCCUUAUUUUUUACGUUAGUACAUCGCGAACCGGUGAACCGAUAACACCUUUCUUCGAGUGUACUCACUUGUGCAUAAAUGACAAUUACAAUUACUAACAUUUAACAUCUUAAUCGUUUAAAAAAUGACAAUAAUUUAAAUUCAGUUUAAUGCAAACUUUUUGGCAAUAAAUAAAGUUAUCAAUCAAAUAAUUAUUGUUUUAGUUAUAUAAGUUUAAGACAAAUGUAUUAUAAUAAGCAAGAAGAGUUUCUAACAAUGUCACGGAACCGGAGGACAAGAUGAGGUUUUCGUGCUUUCCGAGAGCUACUAUCCUGGGACAGAGGGGUAGCAUCAACCUUACCACCGUCCCAGGACACGAUGAUACUUCUAGUGUUACUGGUAUCAGUAUUAUCAGUAAUAAUGGAGACUCCAGAGAACCGAUUCCCAUGAGUUACAAACGCGCUGCAGAUCUUGACAGCACAGAAAUAAUAAGUCACUAUGCAAACCCGACUUCAAAUGGAUCAGCUCAUCUCAACAUUGAGGCCCGAGGGUUCGAAAUGGUUAACCUGGUGCGUUCAAGCACCGCGGAAUCAAAUUUAUCGGUACAAACUAAAAUUCCUCGAGGAGGUGUUAUAGGACGUACCCCGACUCCGCCAUCCGCUCCAACGCCUAUUUACGAGAAAGAUCCAAGGUCAAGAAAACAAAUAAAGCGGGCGAUCCUCGAAAAUGAGUUCCUGGGAAAUCUGGAAGAGGCGCAAGUUGAAGCCUUGGUGUCUGCUAUGUAUCCGAAAAAUAUUCCACCAAGUACACUUGUUAUUCACGAAGGUGAUAUAGGUUCUCAUCUUUAUGUCUCGGCUGACGGAGAGUUUGACAUUUACGAGGGCAGUAAAUUUCAAAGCAGUUUUGGUCCUGGAGUUGCUUUUGGCGAACUUGCCUUGUUAUACAAUACAAAACGACUCCGGUCUAUUAGUGUAAAAAAAGGAGGCAAAGUCUGGGUUUUGGACCGAUCAGUAUUUCUAACAGUGAUGAUGAGAAGCGCCCAAGAUCGCUUGGAAGGAAAUUUGAGAAUUUUACGCAAAGUAUCUGUUCUACAAAAACUCCCCGAGCCAAAGGAACACGUGUUCGCGAAGAUAUCUGAUCUAAUACGUGUAGAAUUCUUCCCCGCGGGCGCGAAGAUCGUCAAGCAAGGCGAGAAAGGUGAUAAAUUUUUCAUAAUAAGCGGCGGCAACGUAAGGAUAACUCAAGACACCGAGUACGGUGGUGAAGAAGAGUUGGUAGUACUGGGAAAGGGCCAGUAUUUCGGGGAGAAAGCUUUGUAUGACAAAGAAGACAACCGAAGACAAGCUAAUGCCAUUGCUCUGGCUCCUGGAGUUGAGUGCUUGACUCUUGAUGGAACCUCGUUCUUGAACUACCUUGGCGGCUUGGACGAGAUACGAAAUAAAGACUGGCUAGCGGAGUACGAGAAGCAGAAGCGUUCGUUGACACCAAAAUUGUGGACUAAUGAGUACUCGGAAGUUACGUUGUAUGACUUAGAGAGCCGAGGAACUCUAGGAGUUGGCGGGUUUGGCCGCGUUGAGCUGGUAACCCUCAGAGCUGACCAAAACAAGAGUUUCGCGCUGAAGAAAUUGAAAAAGAAGACUAUGGUAGACCAACAGCAGCAGGAACACGUACUUAAUGAAAAGUGUAUAAUGCAGGCCUGUGAUUCCCCGUUUAUCUGCAAGUUAUUCCAAACAUACAAAGACUUAAAGUACGUCUACUUCUUGAUGGAAGUGUGUCUGGGAGGUGACGUCUGGACUACGCUCCAACGGAGACGUUACUUUGACGACACGACGGCCCAAUUUAUGGUCGGGUGCGUUGUCGAGGCACUCGAUCAUCUUCACUCGCUCAACAUUGUUUAUCGCGAUCUGAAACCUGAAAAUUUGAUGCUCGACAGUAGAGGAUAUCUCAAGCUUGUUGACUUUGGGUUCAGUAAAAAAAUAGGCCCCGAUAAGACUUGGACGUUCGCUGGCACUCCUGAGUACGUUGCACCCGAAAUUAUACUCAACAAAGGCCAUGAUAGAGCCGUAGACUAUUGGGCCCUUGGAAUUCUGACCCACGAAUUACUGGUCGGCAAACCCCCGUUCCGCGGGUCAGAUCACAUGACGACGUACAAUAAAAUUCUAAAAGGCAUCGAAGUUGUCGGAAUUCCAGCAAUUGUAAACAAAAACGCAAAUCAUCUUAUAAGAAAAUUAUUGAGACUGAGCCCUUCUGAGCGACUCGGAUAUUUGAGAAAUGGGAUCCAAGAUAUCCGUGAUCAUAAGUGGUUCGCUAAUUUCAAUUGGCCAGCAUUGCAGCGGCUCGCUUUGCCAGCGCCAAUCGUCCCUACGAUUCAAAGCCAAACAGACACAAGAAAUUUCGAAAGAUAUCCUCCAGACCGUGAAAUUCCACCCGAUGAAUUUUCCGGCUGGGACAUGGACUUUUAAUAAAUUUUAAUUAGCCCCUGAUAAGAUGCAAAUGUUAUUUUUUGGUUAUUAUAAUUUUUAAUUGUAAAUUAAAUUACGAUGUGUAAUUAAAUCCAAGUAAAUUUGAGAUAAGAGUUUUGUACACAGCUAAGUUGUAAAAUACGGAUAAGAUAUUUAACAUUUCGUGAAAUCGUUACGUAUUUAAUAAGAUUUACUUUAAAAUUAACAUGAUAAUAAAAAUAUAAAUGAA